UGAGGAGGACAAAACACCUGUGACCCCUGUUUCCACCCAGGGUGUCCCUGUAGACACUGUGGAGGAGUAUAAGUACAUGGGAGUGUACUUUAAUAAUAAGUUGGACUGGACUAGAAACACCAAGGCGGUCUCCAAAAAGGGCCAAAGCAGACUCUUUUUCCUAAGGAGGCUGAGGUCCUUUACCAUCUGUCCAACAAUGCUGAUGAUGUUUUAUGAAUCUGUUGUGGCCAGCACGAUCUUCUUUGCUGUGACAUGCUGGGGCAGUGGGUUGAAGGUCGCUGACAACAACAGACUUAACAAACUGAUCAGGAGGGCCGGUGAUGUUGUGGGGGAGGAGUCUGACAAUCUGAUGACCGUGGCAGAGAGGAGGAUGCUGUCCAGGUUUCAGCCCAUCUUGGACAAUAUCUCACACUCUCUCUACAACACACUGGCCCAGCAGAGGAGCGCCACAGGAAAUCUUUCCUGCCUGUGGUCAUCAGUCUCUACACCGCCUCCCUCAGAGAGUCAGACACCUCCCCUCUGUAAUUCUAACUCAGAAUUAUAUAAUUAUUGACAGUUAUUGACAUUUAUUAAUUCUUUUGCUGUCUUUUGCACAUUAUUAAAAAAAAUUCUGAUUAUGAUUCUGAAUAAAAUAAUAAUUUGUAGUGAUUCAUUUUCUGCAUUAAGUAUUGAAAAGGGAUGUUCAAAUAAUCAUCAAAAUAUAUUAUAUGAGGUUGUGGCUGUUCCUCAUAGAAUAUGUGAACAAAAUAAAAAUGUAAUCUUAUUUUGGACUCCUGCUCAUGUGGGUAUUUUGGGAAAUAAAAGAGCAGAUAGAUUGGCUAAGGAGGUUAUUAAAAAAGAUAUUCAUAUGCCAGUAAAGUUAUCUAAAUCUGAAGGCAAAAGUAUAGCUUGGAGAGAAAGCAGGAAGAUAUGGAAAAUUAGGUGGGAUAAUGAAAUAAAUGGAAGGCAUUUGUAUAGGAUACAAAAUACAGUUGAUGUAGUAAGAAUUAGAGGAAUAAACAGGAGGAAAGAGAUCAUUAUAAAUAGAAUAAGAACCAGUCAGGUUUUUUUUUUAUGGAACUCUUUCUAAGAUGGGGAACAUCUUACUGGUUUUUGUAGUUGUUGUGGUAAUGUAGAAACAAUGGAACAUGUUUUUAUUAGUUGUAUAAAUAUGUAAAUCAAAGAAGAAUUAGGUUUUAAUACGGAAUUGAAAUUGAGAAUGUGGUUGAUCAGUUAAAUAGUAUUGAGGGGAAAAAGAAGAUUCUUCGUUUUUUAAAAAGUACUGGGAUCAUUGUGAGAAUUUGAGGGAUAUAUAUAGUAGGAUCCAAAAGGUGGCAGUAGUGCACAGUAAUGGAUGCAAGCUGAAGUAGAAGAAGACAAAGAAGAAAAAGAAGACAGCAACGAUGACUAGUUGUUUGGAGCAAAGUCGGGGAGAAAAUGAAACAGGACUAGAAGACACAGUGGUUAUCUAAAAACUGCUCAGUGAGUAUCUACGCUUUUUUAAUGUAAUGUAUUAACAUAUCAUUUUUGGGUCAGCCUUUUGUGAUAUAUUUGAGAACACAUGCAGGUUAGCUAGCUAGCUGUACAAGGUAAAGUGUGGACAUGGUAUAGGGCUGACUGAUAUUUAACGGCCAGAAGUCCUUACACCAAUGCAGCAACCGGUUUAAUGUUCUUUAUGUAGAAAUUUAGUUGCAGUUCCACAUCUGAGUAACAUUUAAUCCAGCACUCUAGUUUCUAUAUUUGCUUAUUACCUCUCCCUUUUAGACACUCACGGUGUCCCCACAACACACAUUAACCAGAAUUACCUAGUGUGUUAACAGCUGGUGGAAGGUUAGUCCAGAGAAGGACAUGUUAACUGAGUGUGUGUUGGGUCCCCAUAACUGAUGUCUGAAGUGUGGGUACAACACUAAAUCCAGCUGCGAUCCCUGAAAAUGUGGGUGUUUUGGGUUGGUUCUUUCAUACAGUGUUUAAUAUAAUAUAGGUCUUUUGUUCACUAUUUAAUUUCAGGAUUCUUUGAUCUAAUGUAAAACAAAAUUAGCCUUUUUUUUAAAAAUGAUAGUUGCCUCAAAUAAAUUAUUUGGUUUUCCAUGUUUGUGUUCCAGCCGUCGACCAGUGUGGAAGCAUCAGAAAUGGACUCCAGUCUUCCUUCACUUUGUUCAGGCCCUCAGAGGAACAACAAUGACCCCGAGGAUGACAGAGCUCCUAAACAGCUGUCAACCAGUGUGGAAGCGUCAGAAAUGGACUCCAGCCUUCCUUCACUUUGUUCAGGCCCUCAGAGGAACAACAAUGACCCGGAGGAUGACAGAGCUCCUAAACAGCCAGCGACCAGUGUGGAAGCGUCAGAAAUGGACUCCAGUCUUCCUUCACUUUGUUCAGGCCCUCAGAGGAACAAUGACUUGGAGGAUGACAGAGCUCCUAAACAGCCAGCGACCAGUGUGGAAGCGUCAGAAAUGGACUCCAGUCUUCCUUCACUUUGUUCAGGCCCUCAGAGGAACAACAAUGACCCGGAGGAUGACAGAGCUCCUAAACAGCCAGCGACCAGUGUGGAAGCGUCAGAAAUGGACUCCAGUCUUCCUUCACUUUGUUCAGGCCCUCAGAGGAACAACAAUGACCCGGAGGAUGACAGAGCUCCUAAACAGCCAUCGACCAGUGUGGAAGCGUCAGAAAUGGACUCCAGUCUUCCUUCGCUUUGUUCAGGCCCUCAGAGGAACAACAAUGACUUGGAGGAUGACAGAGCUCCUAAACAGCCAGCGACCAGUGUGGAAGCGUCAGAAAUGGACUCCAGUCUUCCUUCACUUUGUUCAGGCCCUCAGAGGAACAACAAUGACCCGGAGGAUGACAGAGCUCCUAAACAGCCAUCGACCAGCGUGGAAGCGUCAGAAAUGGACUCCAGUCUUCCUUCACUUUGUUCAGGCCCUCAGAGGAACAACAAUGACUUGGAGGAUGACAGAGCUCCUAAACAGCCAGCGACCAGUGUGGAAGCGUCAGAAAUGGACUCCAGUCUUCCUUCACUUUGUUCAGGCCCUCAGUGGAACAACAAUGACUUGGAGGAUGACAGAGCUCCUAAACAGCCAUCGACCAGUGUGGAAGCGUCAGAAAUGGACUUCAGUCUUCCUUCACUUUCUUCAGGUCCUCAAAGGAACAACAAUGACUUGGAGGAUGACAGAGCUUCUAAACAGGUAAAGCACCAAUGAAGAGAACUCCUUGGACCCCAGAAGAAGUGCAGGUUUUGGAAAGACACAUGAAUACUUUCAUUACAUCUUUCAUUGAACCAGGAAAGUAUCAUUAUAGAAAGUGUUUAAAGGCUGAACCAACUGCUUUGAAAAACAGAACAUGGAAGAAUGUCAUUCCAUGUUCACAACCGCAAAACAGCAAUCAAAACAAAACUGCAACACUGGUAAUUUUAAGACAGAAAGAACAUUUUAUUUCAUGCAUAUUUAGAGAUGCUUGAAAAACUCUGUGGAACUUUCAGUUAUGUUUUUUAUAUUUUAAGUUUCAAAUGACUGUUCAAUACAAAGAAAGAAACUAGAAAAUAAGUUAAUUUAGGAAUCAUCUGUGUUUUAAACAUGUUAACUUUCAGCAGCAUACCUGUGGUUUAAGUCUGCUUUUAAGUUGACCAGAUUCAAGAUUGUGCUCAAUAUCUGUUCAUUUAGAGGUACAACCUAUUUUCUUUUUUUAAAUGUUUAUUUCAAAAUUGACUUAAAAUGCAGGUGCAACUGUUAGUUCAAUACCCUGACACAUUUA